AACAGCGUAGUUACAGAUUCUCUGGAUGCAUCGGAUCAUUUAUGAGAGCGAUUCUCAAACAUUUGAUUCUCAGUGUCGGAGACAUUCCUGCAGGCGGCGCUACAGCUGAUUCAAAAACACAGAUGCAUUUAAUUUUUUAUUUUUAAAAACACAAAUUCAUUCAUUCUCACUUGAUUUCAGGAUUAUUUACAGUUGUGUAGAACACGUGAAACAAGACAGAAAUCGUGCAGUAUUAAAGCCAAAACAGCGUGAAGGAGCGAGACACAAGUUUGCAAUGAGAACCGGACAGUGAGUUGUGAGGAUCAUCAGAGAUUGAUUUAAUUGGAGCUGAUGGAGUGUCCGUACAGGAGCCGCAUGAACCAGCAUCGCUCCAAAGACACUGGAGUUCGUGGUGUGUCGGGUGGCCGGUCUAUGAUGAAGAAAAAGAGCUCUCACAAGCACAAACACAUGCAUCACUGCAGUCCCGCCGAGUCUCCCAGUGAAAGCAUUGUGGGCUGUCGAAUACAACACAAAUGGAAGGAAGACGUCUACAGUCCGGUGUCUUGGUGGACAGGGACAGUACUAGUCCAAGUGCCAGUCAACUCAUCUCUCUACCUCAUUAAGUACGACGGAGUGGACUGUGUCUACGGCCUGGAGAUCUUCAAAGAUCAGAGGGUUCAGAAUCUGGAGAUUUCACCCGGGGAAAUCGCCUCGUUUCGAAUGAGUGACUCUCGUCUCGCGGACCAGCUGCUGGGACGGCCGGUGGUUCACCUGUUUGAGACGGAUGAUGGCUCGAAGGAUGAGUGGAGGGGUUUGGUGCUCUCCAGAGCUCCCAGCAUGCCUGCUUGGUUCUUCAUUACGUAUGAGAAAGAUCCCAUGCUUUACAUGUACCAGCUGCUGCAGGAUUAUAAAGACGGAGACCUUCGGAUACUUCCGGAUUCAGAUGAUCCGGCAGAGUUCAAAGAGCCAGGUGAAGUGUGCGACACGCUGGUUGGGAAGCAGGUUGAGUGUAUGAAUAAGGACGGCACGCAGAGGAUGGGCACCAUCAUCCAGCAGGUUCAGGCCAAACCGUCUGUUUACUUUAUCAAGUUCGAUGAUGACUAUCACAUCUACGUCUACGACAUGGUCGGAUCAUAACUUUCCGCUCAGACCUUUGUCGUCACGCAGCGGCAUUUUCACUUAAAUGAAAUCUGUGUUUUCAGUGGGUUUCACUUUUGUUAAUAAAUGUAAGUUCUGUAGAAAGCUUCUGAUGCCAUUUGAGAAUUUAAUGCGCCUGGUUUGUUUUUUUUCUCUUCAACUGUUGUGUCAAACACAUGGAUGCGUGUGAGAAUAAAAUGAGCCUGUUUUGUUAGUUCUCGUGAGCUUCUGUCCCUAGACACAGAUAUAUUUUUAUACUACGAGUUUGUGUUUAGUUUGGUUGUUUGCCGUUAAAGAGAUUCAGCUCUGUUUCCUUGUAUUGUAAAUAGUGCCUUUCUCUCUUCUGAGAUCGUUCUGACUUAGGAUAAGAAGUGCUACUUCAUAAAGGUUCCCUCUCCAUAUCAUUGUGUUUCUACUUUCUAUGUUUGUCCUUAUUAAAGA